UAUAGUGUGGUAUAUAUUCCUCUCAAGGAUUUCCAUGCUUUCAAGUUCAGCCAUCUUGAUAUUUUUCCGCCGUCUGCACUGCAGAGGAUAUUCUUGUACUUCAAUUACUCUCUGCAAAUUUCCUCAACUCCGCACAGUCGCUUUAACAAAUGGUUCAGUCUAAAAAGUUCAGAGGUGUCAGGCAGCGCCACUGGGGUUCUUGGGUUUCUGAAAUUCGUCACCCUUUAUUGAAAAGGAGGGUGUGGCUAGGCACGUUCGAUACAGCGGAAGAAGCCGCUAGAGCUUAUGAUCAGGCAGCUGUACUAAUGAGCGGGAGAAAUGCGAAAACCAAUUUUCCAGUAGUCCAAAAUUCCGAUGAUGGUGAUGCUGCUGCUGAACCAGCGGACUCGAACGCUAGCAUUGUUACUGGUAAAGAUGGUACUACUUAUUAUAAAGUUCAGGAGGGGUCACCCUCGUCAUCACCUAAGGAUUUAUCAGAAAUUCUCCAUGCCAAGUUACGCAAAUGCAGCAAGGCACCAUCUCCCUCUCUUACUUGUUUAAGGCUUGACAUCGAGAAUUCUAACAUCGGCGUGUGGCAAAAGCGUGCCGGCCCAUCCUCCGAUUCAAAUUGGGUCAUGACAGUCGAGCUUCAGAAAAACAAGAAUACUUGUAACUCCAAUAAUAACGUUAACAUCAUUGCAGAUGAUCAAGGAGCAACGUUAUCCACUUCGUCUAAGGCUGCUGCAAGAAUCGACGGCCGAAGCCGGCAAAAUGAUCAAAUGGAUGAAGAGCAGAGAGUUGCCCUUCAGAUGAUAGAAGAACUUCUCAACAUCAACAGCCCUGCUGCAACAUUUGGCAUUUCUCAAGAAGAUCAGGGCAGUGGCUUUUACGUGGACUAGUAGUCCUUUUCAAUAACUUCGAAAUUUAUAAGCUCCUAUCUAUAAAUAAAACUUGAAAUGGAAUGAAGGCGUAGAUUUCAUUUCCUCCAAAAAAAAAAAAAAAGAAGGCAUAGAAUUCAUCAUGUCCACAAUCAUGUGUUGGUAAAUUUCGGCGUGGAGUUACACUACUAUUUGUUUCCUUGGUUGAGAUUUCACAGGUAAUCAUUGGUGCAAUUUUGAGUGUGCCGAUGGAGAAGAAGUCAAAUUGAAGUGCAGUAUUGGGACUUCACUCGGAGUCUAGAUUCCCUUGUAUUAUGCAAUGAAUUUUUGAGAUUUUCUUUUAUUCUCAUUAGAAAGAGGAAUUAAAUGGUUUCCUCCCAUUAUUUUUUUUGAAAAUGUGGUGGUUAUAAACAUAGUUUGUAAAAUUGAGAUCCUACGCAAAAAUAGUUUUGGGAUAAUAGGAUCGGAUUGCAGAAUCAUAAAAUUCUACUAAGAAUUACAU